AUGCUGGGAGGAGCAACAGUUCAACAAAUCAUGUGGGUCCAUAAAGAAGAGAUACCAUUCGUGCAGUGGGGUAAGGAAAGAGGAGCCAUUCUCUUUGCUCUCGAACAUCGCUUCUACGGAAAAAGCCAUCCAACCAACGAUAUGUCCGUGAAGAAUCUUCUGCUCAAUAGUCGCCAAGCACUUGAAGACGUCGCCACAUUUAUACAAUCAAUGAACAAAGUUUAUAAUUUCAAAGACCCUAAAUGGAUAGUAUUUGGAGGAUCGUAUGGUGGUAAGUAG